GCGAGGAACCGUCGUCGUCGUCGUCGUCGUCGUCGUCGUCGUCGUCGUCGUCGUCGUCGUCGCGUCGUCGAGCGGGACGACCGGAAGCGAGCGGCGGCGGGAGGCGGAGCGCAGCGCCGCGCGCGUCGGGGUUCGAUCGAUCGACCCACCCGACCCGUCCAUCGCUCCUCCUCUUCCUUUGAACGACCGAGCGCGAUAUCGCGCGAGCGGACGUCGCCAUGGAGGAGUGGGCGCAGCGCGCGGAGGGCUCGGGGGGCGUCGGGAACCUCGCGAGGAAGGUGGUCAAGCCCGCGAGCGCGGGGAGGAAGCUCACGAUCAAGCCGUUCAAAGAGAAACCCAAGCUCCCGGCGGACUUCGAGGCCAAGGCGUGGGACGCGCUCAGCGGCGCGAUCGACGCGAUACACGCCAAGCGCGCCGUCGCCGCGUCGUUCGAGGAACUCUACCGCCGCGUCGAGGACGCGUGCUCGCACAAGCUCGCCGAUUCGCUCUAUCAAAAGCUCCGCGCCGCGAUGAAAGCGCGCGCGAUCGCGCAGUUGAAAGCGCUGCGAUCGCGGUCGUGCCCGGACCCGAUCGCGUUCCUCUCGCGCGUGGACGAGUGCUGGAGCGAUCACUGCGCUUCGACGCUCACGACGCGGUCUAUAUUUUUGUACCUGGACCGAGCGUACUGCGCGAAGACGCCCGGGGUGAAGGGCGUGUGGGACCUCGGGCUGAUGCUGUUUCGCGCGUCGCUCGUCGGCGGCGACGAAGAGGGCGGUGGGGGUGGGGGUGUUGGUAACGCUUCGAAUUCAGGCGUUACCGUUGUCGAAGAGGACGUCGGCGAGAUCGUGCGGAAGACGACCAGGGGGUUGCUGGCGUCGAUACAGAGAGAACGCGACGGCGAAGCGGUGGACCGCGCGCGGAUCAAACGACUCACCGCCGCGCUCGUCAACCUCGGGCUCUACGCCGACCACUUCGAGCGCGCGUUCCUGGACCACUCCGCGGCGUACUACCGCGCCGAGGGCACGCGCGCGGCGCAAAGCUCCGACGCCGCGGGUUUUUUGACGCACUGCGAGGCGCGACUGGCGGAGGAGGAGGACAGGGCGUCGACGUAUUUGGACGCGUCGACGCGACGGACGCUGACGCGGUGCGUCGAGCAGAACCUCGUCGAGACGCACGUCAUCGGCGUGUUAGACAAAGGCUUCGACGCGCUCUGCGCGGAGAACAGGAUCGAGGACUUGCGGCGGCUCCACGCGCUGUGCGCGCGCGUGGACAAGGUGGACAAGCUGCGCGACGCGUUCGCGGCGAGGGCGAAGCGCGUCGGCGCGGCGAUCGUGCAGGACGAAGAGAACGAUAAGGACAUGGUGCAGAAUUUGCUCGACGUGAAGGAGUCGUUGGAGCGGAUCGUGUCCGACGCGUUUGGCGGCAGCCUCGAGCUCUUCUCGAACGCGCUCAAGGAGGCGUUCGAGUCGUUCGUGAACUCGCGUCGGAACCGACCCGCGGAGCUCAUCGCUAAGUACGUAGACGGUAAGCUUCGCGCGGGUUCCAAGUCUGGGCACAUCCAAGGCAAGGACGUGUUCGAGGCGUUCUACAAGAAGGACCUCGCGAAGCGUCUUCUGCUCUCGAAGAGCGCCUCCGUGGACGCGGAGAAGAGCAUGAUCAGCCGUCUGAAGGCGGAGUGCGGGUCGCAGUUCACGACGAAGCUCGAGGGGAUGUUCAAAGACGUGGAGACGUCGCGAGACAUCAUGCGCGGGUUCGCGGCGGAUGAAAAGAUCGCGAAAGAACUCCCCGAAAACGUCGACGUGUUCGUCCACGUCCUCACCGCGGGGUACUGGCCGACGUACGCCCCGUGCGAGGUGAAGCUCCCGCGCGAGCUCGACCACCUCCAGCGCGUGUUCAGCGAGUAUUACCUCAGCAAGCACGGCGGGCGCAGGUUGGUGUGGCAAAAUGCGCUCGGGCACGUCUUGCUUCGCGCGGAGUUUCCAAAGUGCGGCGUUAAAGAGCUCGCGGUGUCGCUGUUUCAGGCGGUGGUUCUCAUGCUCUUCAACGACGCGGAGACGAUGUCGUUCGAGGAGCUUAAGGACGCGACCGGGAUCGAAGACAAGGAGCUGCGGCGGACGUUGCAAUCGCUCGCGUGCGGGAAAGCGAACCAACGCGUGCUGAGCAAAACCCCGAAGGGCAAGGAUGUCGACGACGGAGACGUCUUCGCCGUCAACGACGACUUCAACGAGCGGCUGACGAGGAUAAAGGUGAACUCGAUACAGAUGAAGGAGACGAAGGAGGACAACGACGCGACGAACGAGCGCGUGUUCCAGGACCGGCAGUAUCAGAUCGACGCGGCCAUCGUGCGCGUGAUGAAGACGAGGAAGACGUUGUCGCAUCAGGCGCGUUCUGGUUACACUGGUCCCCAUACGACCGCGUCGGCGUGGUGA